AGCCAUCUUGGUUGCUACACCAGAGUCACGCCAAAGAUCGCCUGAAGCUCUUGCUUUUUUGUUCUACGCGGUGUGUACAUUAUUGGUAAAAAUAACGCACAAUUAACUACGAAUAAAGUGUUGUCCAUCGGUUUCGUGAAUUGGUGCGAUCAAUGGUACGUCGGCGCGUUUUCUAGUCCGCCUCAGUGUAUCCGAGAGCGUACGUAAGCUUUGGUAAACUGCGGUCCUUUGAGGUUAUAUUGGUACGAAGCGCUAUUACAAUUAAUCAUUGCUUAACAAAUAAUACGGCACGAUGUCUGAGAACGAAGUGGAGAGCUUCGAGAUCCCUGAAUAUGAUUUGGACAAAGAAUUCAACACGGCCCGUCCUCGACGCAAGCUCUCGAGGAAACAACAAAUGCUAGGAAUAUGGGCAGACGACAGCAAUGAGGAUGAACUAUCUGCCAGACCAUCUUUCAAGACCUUCAGUAAGGAUCCUAAAAAUUAUAUGGCACCGGUUAAUUUUGUCGCUGGUGGUAGCCAACAGGCAGGAAAACUGAAGGAGAAGGAAGAUGAGGACGAUGAAGAAGACAAGGAAGAAAGGGAGGCAAAGCACAGUAGUUCGAGUUCAGCAGAUCAGAGGCCAAAUUCCGAAUCACGUACGCCCUUAAACUUGGAUAGUCUGCGUAAAAAGCGCAAUAAAGUGGAAGUGAAAAGAUUGCAGGGCGUGUGUACUUCCCAACUGCAAAGUAGUUGGGAAGUACAGGGGAUUGGCACCAAACUAUUGCUGCAGAUGGGAUUUAAACCCGGUUUGGGAUUAGGUAAGCAUUUACAAGGGAUUAGUGCGCCUGUGGAGGCACGUCCCAGAAAAGGGAGAGGCGCCAUUGGGGCAUACGGCCCCGAGAAGAAGAUAAAGGAAGAAAAAAAGAAAGAUGUCAUCAACAAAUCUAAUUUGUCUAAAAGUACUCUUCUAAAAACUAAUCUGUCUAAAAGUACAUUUAACUUUUCGCUGCCAAAAUUACAGCAAAAGUUAAAUGUAAUUUUAGACAGAUGCCAAAGAGACGUGAUUUUAAAUGAUCACCGUAGAAAAUCUUUGCAUAAUAAAAUAAUUACCCUGAGGGCCGAGAAAAUAAAUUCAUCUAAGAGACUGGAUGAAUUAGCCAGUAGUUUGGCAGUAGUUAGAGCCAUCCAAAUACCAACGUGUAGCCCGAGGGAGCCCGAGGUUUUAAUUGAUUUAGUAGAACAUUGGAUCCAAUUACCUAAUUGGAUCUUGGAAGAUCUAUUAUAUAUAUUAGUAUUAAAAUUGACAUUGGAGGUGGAAGAAUGGAAUCCUCUUACCGAUACUGUACCUAUUCACACGUGGAUUCAUCCUUGGUUGCCGUUAUUACGAAAUCGCUUAGAUACUUUGAUUUAUCCAAUAAUACGUAGAAAAUUUGGAUCUGCGCUAGAAGGUUGGCAUCCAUCAGACAGAUCUGCUAGAUUAAUGCUGCAACCUUGGGCAGAAGUGUUCUCAAAGGGAGAUAUGGAAUCAUUUUUAGUUGAGAACAUUAUUCCAAAAUUGCAAGUAGCCUUAUCCGAAUUAGUCAUAAAUCCACACCAACAACACUUGGAUCAAUGGAAUUGGGUAUAUGAGUGGAAGGACUUGAUCCCUGUUCAUAUCAUGGCAGGAUUACUUGAUAAAAUUUUUUUUCCAAAAUGGCUACAUAUCUUGGCGAUUUAGCUCAAUAAUUCACCUAAUUAUGAUCAAGUUGCAACGUGGUACAUGGGUUGGAAAGGAAUGUUGAAUGACAAAUUACUGGCGGAACCAAUAAUAAAAGAUCACUUUAAGAGAGCGCUGGAGAUAAUGAACAGGCUGUCACUAGGCCACAAAGUGUCCUUAUGGCUAAAUUGUGACGGAGGAAAUUAGCUAAUGUUAAAAAUGAUCUAGUUAUUAUAGGUAUAACAUACUUCUCGUAAUUAUUGGGGAGUUCAUCAAUUACCUUAUCAAUUUACAUCGAUUUUUAUUCGUGAUAUAUAUUUAAAUGUAGAUACACUGAAGCUGAAUAGUAUUAAAUUUUGUAUAGUUCAUACCAUAACAAUUAAUAUGGUAUUUAUCUUAUAUUGUAUAUUUGUGCGUAUGAGUGGGUAUGUAAAGAUAUGUAUGUAUAAUAUGGGAACAUUAAAGUAAAAAAAUUACAAGGCCAACUUGUCUUUGUGAUGUAA